CUUCUGAACGUUCAUAAUGAGGUUCAACGCUGUCAUCGCCGCCACCAUCCUGACUGCCAUCGUCUCCGGUGCUGCCAUCGCCAAACCUGCCCCCCAGGCAACCGCAGUCGCUGAGGCCACUUCCGACGGUCCUUCCACUGAGGACAUUGCCAACCUCCUCAAGGAUGUCUACUAUGCCGGGGAGGGUGAGGAGGAGGAUGACACCGUGGAAAAGCGCGAUGCUGAGGCCAAUGCUGGCAACUGGGUAAUCAGCCCAAAAUACCGCCCUGUCGGUCUUCCUAUCGGUAAGCGUGACGCUGAGGCUCAAUGGGUCGUAUCUCCUACGUGGCGCCCUGUCGGUCUUCCUGUAGGAAAGCGCGAUGCUGAGGCCGAUGCUGGCAACUGGGUAAUCAGCUCGAAUUACCGCCCUGUCGGUCUUCCUAUCGGUAAGCGUGAUGCUAAAGCUGAGGCUGAGGCUGAUGCUGGCAACUGGGUAAUCAGCCCGAAAUACCGCCCUGUCGGUCUUCCUAUCGGUAAGCGUGAUGCUGAAGCUGAGGCUGAGGCUGAGGCUGAGGCUGAUGCCGGCAACUGGGUGAUCAGCCCAAAAUACCGCCCCGUGGGCCUUCCCAUUGGCAAGCGUGACGCUGAAGCUGAGGCCGAUGCUGGCAACUGGGUACUCAGCCCGAAAUACCGCCCCGUGGGCCUUCCCAUCGGCAAGCGUGACGCUGAGCAGUAAACGUAUCACCGAAAUCGACCAUCACGAGCUUUGACACGGACGCAUCGAACGCAUCACAACUCUUCACUUUGCGACACUCGACGGACUCGGCAAAAAUACGACUGGAUAUUGCAUUUUGUACAUAUCAGCCCUUAAAGAACAUACCAAGACCAGCACGCGGCGGGCAUAUUUCCUCUGGUGCCUUUGCAGGGCAGGUCGGUUCUCGCAUCGGACGGGAUCUGUACGAAUGAUGUU